AUGGGCGGCACUGAACCAGAUCCAUUCGCGAUCUUCCACACGCCACCUCCAGGCGAGACGCCGGGCGAACGGGCGAUACGAGAAGCGAAGGAGGCGGAGGCGAAGCGGGUCAGCGACAUGAUCGAUGACCAGCUCAAGGCGGAGAAGCUGGCGCUGAAGAAGGACAAAUACGUUGUGAGGGUGCUACUGCUGGGCAGUCGGAGAGUGUCGACGACGCUCAAAAAUUUCCGUAUGCGCUACGCCAGAGCAGCCUGGGACGCCGAGCGCGCCUCCUGGCGAUCUGUCAUCCAGCUCAACGUUAUCCGCUCCAUCAUCACCAUCGUCGAGGUCCUCCAAGCUGAGAUGGACGGCGACCCGAUAGAUCCUGGAACCCCUACCACGCCCUUCUCACCUUUGCCGCCCAAUACACCCCUCUUCGCACCUCCGCGCCCUGAAUCGCCCGCCCUGGGCACUAGGACGCACUCGAUCUCCAAGCAGCCGCUAUCGAGUCUGCUGACGGACAAGCACCAGUUGCUAAAGCUCCGCCUCGGUCCGCUGCGAAGAGUGGAGACGGAUCUGAAGCGGCGGCUUGGAGAGGGCGCCGUAGAGGAGGUUGACGGUGCUGCUGCGAACCUCGGUGCGCUCACCCUCAACCUCGAGCUUGACCCGGGUACGGGUUCGAGUUCGUUGGCGAAGAAGCGGAAGGGCGAGUGGGGUGUCCGCCGGCUGCACGAUGCGCUCGAGAAGGGGUCCUCCGCUGCCCGUGUGAGCCUGCACGGACACGGCAGCGAUGCGGGUAGUGCAGAGAGUGCUAGCGACGACGCUACGGAUAUCAUCGCAAGCUGUCGUGAAGACAUGAAGGCGCUGUGGUCGGACGAGGCGGUCAGGGUUGUGCUGAAGAACAGGAAGCUGCGGUUAGAGGAUUCGGCGGGAUUCUUCUUGGACGACCUCGACCGGAUAGCGCAGCGCAACUACGAACCAUCAGAUAACGACAUUGUCCGUGCCCGCCUCCGGACCCUCGGUGUGCAAGAAUACCGAAUCUCAUUCGAACCGCAGAACGCCGCAAUUUUCGCAGGUGGGUCGGAUCCCUCGCUCGAGCCACGACCAGUGAAGCGUAUACCGAUAUUAAACGUAGGCGGAAUUGGGGGCGAUGCGGGGAAGGAGUGGCUGCUCUAUGAUGUUGGGGGUUCGAGGACAAUGAGACAUGCGUGGGUGCCGUACUUUGAUAACGUCCAGGCUAUCAUCUUCCUGGCUCCCGUCUCAUGCUUCGAUGAACGGUUAACAGAAGACUCCAAGAUCAACCGCCUCGAAGACUCGUUCCUCCUCUGGCGCUCAGUCUGCGGGUCGAAGCUCCUUGGGAGGGCUACCAUGAUCCUAUUCCUCAACAAGUGCGACCUGCUCAAGAAGAAGCUCAAGUCGGGCGUCCAAGUGAGGAAAUACCUACCCAGCUACGGAGAGCGACCGAACGAUGCCAACGCCGUCGUCAAAUAUCUGAAGGAAAAGUUCAAAGAGAUAUUCAAGCAGCAGUCGACUGAGCAACGGCAGAGCUAUUUCUAUGCCACGACUGUCAUCGACACCAAAGCUACCGCGGCAACGAUCAAAGCAGUGAAAGACAGCAUCUUACGCGACCACCUCAAGAGCGCCGAAAUUGUCUGA